GAGAAAACGCCCCAUCAGGCACGGAACCAAACAUUAUAGUCUCUCUCUCUCUCAUUCCGUAAUCUUUAUUUGCAGUGUGAAAUGGCCGACAAGCCUAGCCGAGGUUUGGUGGUGUAUGGUGACGGAUUGGCUGGUAUUGUUUCUCCUUCACACGCCCAUCUCCACUCUCUGGCCUCUCGUGGCUCAUGCGGCUUUUUAGCCCUCAAAGACUACCCUCGUACAGAAAGCGAUGAUGAGAGAGUGGUUUGGGAGUUGGCACAACUGCUGGAUGCCCACAAUGCUUUUAUUGGGAGUAAGGGAGGGAAUGCUGCCACUUUUGAAAAUCAGAAUAAGCCUUUGAUACCAACAAUAUCAGAGAGGUUUAUGGGGAUGAAAGCUGCUAUUUUCACAACCAAUGCAAGAGUGAGAUCCUUUGGAAGAAACCUUGGUUUCACUGCUUUACAAUUUGAUGAGUUGAUUGAUGACAAUAUUUCCCUCAAUAAUACCCCUCAAAAUAUCCUCUCCUCUAAGUUACUCAAAUUGCUUGGAUUUGAAGAAGGAAAGACCAUGGAGAGAGGUGAUUUUGAUUUAGUAAUUGUGCAUAUUGGACAUGGGGACAAGGAAAAUGAACUACAGAAGAAGAUCCUAAGUGAUGAAGUAGAAUGGAUCAAUGCUCUGGUUGGUGGGUUCUUCCAGAUGCCACAACUUGCAUCUGAAGUUGGUUCACGGAUACUCUUCUAUCUUGUGAUGAGCUAUGGUACUGUCUCUGAUGAUGGGGAUCCCAGUUUAUCAAAUUUUAUUUCACAAAAGGAGACGGACUCUGAUCUUUCAUCUCUUAUCCCUCUCCAAAGUUACACCAUGAAAGCAGGGGAGCUACUAAGUGACAUCAGGCAUCAUUGUCCUAUGCUAUGUGCACAAUGGCAGGAGGCUGUAACUCGGAAGGAUAUGGCUGAGGUCUUUUCAUUCAAUGAGUUCAAAGAGCGUGGGGGGAAUCUUGCUAUACCGGCAGAUCGGUUCUUGUAUGAAUUAGCAUUCAAGCUGUGGAAGGCCCCUAAAUAUGGAGCAUGAUGUUUCCUGAAGUUGGAUUUCUUUAAUUAUUAUUUUUUAUUGUUUUAUGCAUCUUUAGUUUGGAGUUAAACCCACCAAAAACAUGCGUUUGGAAUUAAAAGGAUUUCAAGCGGUUUGUUAAUAUUUGGGUUGUAUUCUCAAACAUGUAAUUGCAAACCGUUUCACAUCUCAUGAAAAAAACUAAUAAAUAUACUAUUUUUACUUCAUUUCAAA